AUGGGAAAGAGAAAAACAAAGAAAAUUAAGCCUUCUAAGUCCUCACUGGCACUAAAGAAUAGAAAUAAACCGCUCAGAGAAUUCCAUUGCCACUACUGCCAAAACGACAAAUCCGUGUGGAUAAGAAUUUCUAAAUCAACUGCAACGGCAAACUUAAAGUGUAGAAUAUGUGGAAUCGAGUCUUCCUUCCCAGUAACUAGUUUGGACGAGCCAAUCGAUGUCUAUUCGAUCUGGGUUGAUUCAAGCAGGCAGUCAUUAUCAACAUCACAAGGUAAUCUGAGAGAUAGACCAAGGAAAGUGGCACAACCCGAAGAUGCACUAGACGAAGAAGACAAGACUGUCGAACGAGACUUGGACGCUAAUUAUGGAGUUGAAAACGAAGAAGAAGAACUAGAAGAAAAUUAUGGACAGCUAAAUUAUACAUUAGGAGACUCAGUAUCUACUAAUACUCAAAUUAACAAUUCUUAUGGAGAUACUAUUAACCCUCAAAAUCCAACCAGUUUGCUGAAUUCUGAUAGAAAUACUGUAAAUAAGCGUAGAGAAGUGUAUUACAUGGAUACACAGUAUUAUAAAGCAAGUGACCCUGAGCCCAUAAAUUUGACAGGAAGUGAAUUUGUAAAUUUAAAUGAAUCAGAAUCUAUAAAUUUAACUCCACUAGAAACUGUAAAUGUAGUAAAUAAAAAUGGAUCAGGUAAUUUUAGUACAUUAGAAUACGAAAAUGAGGACGUUAACUACCAAUUCGUGGAUAUCGCUAGAAGCAGACCUCGACGUGUAAUACAAGUGGAUGAAUCCUACAGCUACGAUGCCACUAGUAAUAUGGAUAACGCCUUAGGAUAUGGAGGAGUAUACGGAGAUAAUGAAUAUAGGGAAGAUAAAAAUGAAAAUCAUAGAAAUUUUGAAAAAGCUGACUCCUCGAUGCACAACCUUUUCUCAGACGACCAUUAA